UGCGGCCAAAUCCCUUAAAUCCGCCGAACUCCAGGAUUAAGUAUAUCCGGGAUUUGCGGCAAAAAGCGGGAAACGGAGGAUUUAUUAUGCCGUGAGAUUUACCAGCUGCUCAAGUCCCGUUUGGCAGGAUUUAGCAUAAAUACUGUUGCCAAACAGCCCCUUAGGGUAUCUCUCUUUCAAGGUGUGGGGUUUGAUGGACCUUGUUUUCCCCCUUUUUUCUGAAAGCUUGGAAGGUAAAUGUUUAAUGUUUUAAUCAGAGAAAGUUGAGAUAGCUGCUGCUUGUUAGGAGCCAGCUAUGCUACGCACAGGACCAAAAGAAAACCCAGGCCAUGAUAACAGUAACCAGAAGGUUUAUCCACAACCAAUGGAAGAGGCAGCAAAUCGGAAUAAAGAGCCAAUGGAGACCCUGGUAUCAAAAAUAUUCAACAAUAUUUCAUCUUUGAAAGCUGCAUACAUUCAGCUGCAGGAUGCUCAUACUCCUUAUGAUCCUGAGAAGAUCCAGGCUGCUGAUAAACUUGUUAUCGAAGAGCUUAUGAAGCUAUCCGAGCUCAAGCAUGCCUACCGAGAGCAAAAACCAAAACUUACAUCUUCCUCACCUCAGGAUUCUCGUUUAGUUGCUGAAAUUCAAGAACAGCAAAGCUUACUCAAGACCUAUGAAGUCAUGGUUAAAAAGUUUCAAUCACAGAUUCAGAAUAGAGAAACUGAGAUCCUUCAAUUGCAGCAGCAAAUCCAGGAGUCACAGCAGAGAAAGGUAAAGCUUGAGAAGAAGCUCAAGCAGAGGGGCUUGCUGUCCAGAGAACCAGGAGAUUCGGAGGAAGAUAACUUCUUCUCCAUUGAACUGACACCCAGUCUGUUUGCUUCUACGGUAGAAAAUGCAUACAAAUCCAUUCAUGAUUUCUCAAAACCAUUGAUUAACAUGAUGAAAGCUGCUGGGUGGGAUCUAGAUGCAGCAGCUAAUGCAAUAGAAGCAUCUGUAGUUUAUGCAAGAAGGGCGCACAAGAAGUAUGCAUUUGAAGCACAUAUAUGCCAGAGAAUGUUCAGUGGUUUCGAAGAGGAAAGCUUUUGUGUUGAUACAGGCGAUCUUAAUGUGUCAAAUGAAGGUUUCUUCCAUCAGUUUCUUGCUAUUCGGGCCAUGGAUCCAUUGGAUGUAUUGAGCCAAAACCCAGAUUCCAUUUUUGGAAGAUUUUGCAGGAAUAAAUACCUCUUAAUCAUCCACCCAAAAAUGGAGAGCUCUUUCUUUGGCAACGUUGAUCAGAGAAACUAUGUGAUGAGCGGCGGGCACCCGAGGACGCCGUUCUACCAGGCUUUCCUGAAGCUGGCCAAGUCCAUCUGGUUGUUGCACAGACUGGCUUAUUCUUUUGACCCAAAUGCCAAGGUUUUUCAGGUGAGGAGUGGAACUGAAUACUCAGAGAUCUACAUGGAAAGUGUGAUAAAAAACCUUAUUUUAAGUGAUGGCGAACAAAGACCUAAGGUUGGACUCAUGGUGAUGCCAGGUUUCAUGGUUGGGGGAAGCGUCAUACAGUCCCAGGUGUAUCUUUCUGGUGUCAAGUGUGCUGAAUGAAGUAGUAGUUGAGAUGUGCAAAGGUAAAUUAAAUGGUUGGGUAGAGGUUGCUUUAAGAACCUGGAAUCCAUAUCAUUAUUCUGUGCUAGUUGCUAAAUGUUAACUUGAACUCCUGCUUUUACUUUCUGGAUUUGUAUUAUCUAAAACAUUGUAACUGUAGAUAUAUAUCUAUGUUACAAGUUAGUUUUCCAA